CCCCCAAGCCCUAGCCCCAGCCACUGGGGGCUCGCCGCGGCGGCGGGUGGCGGUGGGGAGCGCGCUCCGGUCCCAGGGGCGCUGGAGCCCGACGCGGCGGCGACCCCAGCAAUCCCGAACCCAGCAUCUCUGACCCAGUCUCUGGCUGCUGUCUGUUCACCACGUCUGUGUCCCCUGUCCUUUGGCGAAGGAGUCGAGUUUGACCCGCUACCACCCAAGGAAAUAAAGUAUACUUCCUCAGUCAAGUAUGACUCUGAGCGUCACUUCAUUGAUGAUGUGCAGAUGCCCCUGGGCCUGGCGGUGGCUUCCUGCAGCCAGACAGUCACCUGUAUCCCCAAUUGCACUUGGCGAAACUAUAAGGCUGAGGUGCACUUCCAGCCCCGCCACAAGGCCGCGCGCUUCCUCAGCACCACCAUCAUCUACCCCAAGUACCCCAAGACCAUCUACACCACCACUCUGGAUUACAACUGCCACAAGAAGCUGAGGAGAUUUCUGUCCAGUGUGGAGCUCGAGGCUACAGAGUUCCUGGGUAGUGACGGUCUCUCAGAUGAAUGCUGACUCAAGCUAGCUACUUGGGGUUGGGCCAGCUGUUCACACACUGCCCCGGUCCCUAGACCACCCUGGACAAGCUGGGUAACAUUGCUCUUGCACAUCAUCCCAGCCCCAGAGGAGUCUUACCUGGAGAUACCUCUAAACCUAACCAGGGGGAAAAGAAACUCACUGCAUCUUCAAAUAAUAGAGAAACUUGGCUUUCUUUAAAAUUAAAAUAUUUUCAGAUAGGUUUUUUUUUUUUUAAAGGAGCAUGCAUAUAUAUGUUCUGGUUGGUUGAUGCAAUUUCCCCAAAGUCUCAAUUUGAUGAAAAUAAAGAUAGACAGAACAAACGGACGAUGACAUCGGGACAGGCUGGGGGGAGCUUGCCCUCCAUUUUCUGAUGAAGAAAGUGGGAAAGUCUCUGGAGUAGAAAAAGUGAGUUUUAAAAAAUUUCAGCCAUUCAUAUCUUCAUUGCUGGCAAAAAAAAAAAAAAAGAAGCAAAAAGCUAGCUAGCUCUGGUAGCCUGUGGUGCCCAGGUGUGCACAAUCUGUGGAGACCCGUGCUCUGGACCGUUCUUUGUUUCCACCUCCCAUUUGUUUUUUCCUGCUAAUCCAAACUCUUAAGCAUUAGCAAGAUCUUUUUCAUGGUAUUAGGGGAGAAAAACAAAAGCCACAAAAGGAGAUGUCUUUAAAACAUGAGCUCUCUGCCUGUGCUGCCUUUGUUGGAUUGGGUAAACAGCUAGCCCAGUCUGGGCCACUGCAGCCGUCUGGUCCUCAACGGUUGGUUCCAGGCACAGGCUCUGGUGCAUCCCGAGCGUGCUUGGCAUCUGGUUAACAUCUCCCUAGGCUUGUAUAAUUCUGCUCAUAGGUAUUUUGAGGGUUUUGAAAUACUUUCCCAUUUUUUUCACAAGGCAAAAUGCAGCAGGGGCCUCUUUUUGAGAGGAACGGCAUUUUAAAAGAAUGCUUUGGGAAAAAUGCAUGUUGGAACUGCUUGGAAAGGGACUCCACUAGAGGCAGCCUGCCCGAAGAGCAGCUGCGAUAGAAGGAGACAGAUUCGGAUGUGACUUGCACCAUCAUGACUACAAGUCUUGAUGGACUGAUUCUUAGGACUCUGAUAGCGUCAUAACUGGGAAGGACUGGGUUUAACCCCCCCAAAGCAAGGAAUAUUGCUUACCACCCAGAUAAGCUAAGAUGAAUUCAGUAGGGAGUGACAAUUCAAACACCACAGCCUUGCCUCUGUGGUGAUAGGGGAACAUUUCUUUUGUGCCACUGUAUACGCAGAAGUGACUAUGGUGGAGUUGAGUAUGAAUCAAAGGUGUUUCCCAGCUGAGCCAGCCACCUCAGCAGGGACAAUGCUGGCCAGUGGGUGCUGAGCACCAAGCUGCCCCUGCUUCCCUGCCCCUACCCCAGGCCUGGCUCUUGCUUCUUAGAACCCCUGCCAGGCCUCACAGUGCUUUUCUUCCAGCCUUGGAAAGAACAAGUUGUACAUAUUUCUUCCAAAUACAUCCAAACCAUGUCAAGUGGGUUACAGAGCCUCUGCCUUCUGUGAUGUCUCUGGGUCUGUGAGGAUGGCUUCUAGAAAGCAGAACUGAGAACAUUCUGGCUCCCCUGGGGCCACAGCAGAGACCGGUUAUCAUGGAAAAGAGGUGCAAAGAUAAUGGCUCUCAUUUGAAGACUGUGGCGUUGUCUAGAGCCACACUGCCUAGUCCGUGUCCCCUGCAGACAGCAAUGCCCAGUCUGUUGGACCUUUAACUCAUCCUCCUGGGCAGAGAGAUUGCUGGCUUUAUGGUCCCAGCUGACUAGGGAACAGCUCAGUUGGGGACACACUGGGGCACACAAGCUCCUAAGUGGUACUCUGACAAAUGCUACUUGGCUUUAGAAAAGUGGGUUUUUCUAUCUGACUUUAUAAUGUCACUGAAGUGGGAAAUAUAAUUUCUUAAUUUCUUUUUGCAAAUA